AAGAGUCGUCAGCCAGGCAGCCACAGCGGGUGGAUUGAGUGGUGUUGACGAUCGAUUCAUCCGCUUUGAAAGCAAAAAGACGAAACUUGUUGGCUCGAAUUUGGCGUCCAAAUCUCGAUCCCCAUGAGACGUGAGUGUGUUCCCUGGAUGGUGUAGCGUGGGAUCGCUCGGAAGCCACCCUUGAGUCGGCGGCCAUGUCCGCGAUGGCCCCGAUAUCCGCGGAUUUCGUGACCGGACCGCCCGCCGCUAACACGCCCGCCACGCCCCAUAGUACCGCUGCCGGACGGUCGGGCGGGGCUCAGACUCACCGAGCGGCCGGGGCCCGAGAGAUGCCCGCUAAAGCCGGUCCGUUGGGUCCGCCCAAGCACCGCCGGCGAUUGCAGAUCUUGGCCAAACGAAAAGCCCGCCUCAAACGGGUCAGUCAGACGUAUACGGAUGCUAUGGGCGAGCUGUACUUCCUGCAGGCCAACAAUCAGGCCGUGGUCGAGUAUCCGCAGUUCAAGAAGAAGCCCAAUCCCCAGUUUCUGAAUUUCCUCAAGUCCAAUCACGCUCCACCUUCGAUUAUGAAAGAGGUGCGGGCGGCCGUGGGAUUGCCGGCGGCUAUUUCGCUCUCGGCUGCCAUUUCAUCCUGUGCGUCACCCGCGCCUCCGUCUCCGGCUAGUGGUGGCCUCAAUUCACCGGGGGCUAACGCUCAUCCGGCCCUUGGGUCGGCUCGUAGUACGUUAGGCUCAGCCAGUCCGGCUACGCCCGUGCUAGCGGCUGCCGCGGCCGCCGCUCAAAAUCAGGCUGCCGGUCAGCCUGCUCGAUCGAACGCGUGCUUGACCUCCUCAAAUUCGACCCCGCUCAACAGUCCGUGUCCACGAUCCUUGUCGGGUUUGGCUCAAAUGCCAGCCAGCUUGAGCAGCAGUAGUGGGAGUAGUGCGAGUGGGUCUUGGCCCAAGUCGGCUUCCACGUUGGCUGGAUCGCCACGCCCGAGCCUCGAGACUGCCGUCAGUCCCCGAACACCGACCUUGACGCCUGUGCCAUCCUAUCCCAAAACGGAGAUUUUCAUGCAGGAGAACCAUGUGUUGCAGAGGGUGCGCGAUUUGGUCAAGGAUGGCCUUUGGUCGCCCCGACGGUUCCCUAAAGUGUGUGAACGGCCCCGACCUCGGAGUCAAUGGGACUUGCUGUUACAAGAAAUGCAGUGGCUAGCCGUGGAUUUUCACCAAGAACGGCUGUGGAAAAAAGCCGCGGCCAAACUCAUCGCUGAGAGUGCGGUUGAAUUUGUGCGAACUUGGCCAGAGCGGCGGGCUCAAGCUCAGGCUCGACGGCAACGAGCGCUAAAACAGAAAGCCGCUUUUGUGGCCGGUCAGAUUGGGUUGUUUUGGGAUUCAGUGGCUGCGUUCAAAUCCAACUUGGACUCGUAUCAGAGUAGUCCACGGAUGGUCGAGGUAGUCAGUCACGUGAAUGGCGUGUUGGACUAUUCAAGUGAGGAAGAUGUGCCCGCUGACGAUGAGUCUACCAUCAGUGAACAGGAGCAGCAUGAACACUCCGCCGAGAGUGCCAGUGUCGAGGAUGAAGUGGAUGUCCUUAUGGCCGACAUGGUCAAGCCCUUGAUCGAAGUCUUACCCGAAGACUAUUAUAGUGCUACCGACUCGGCCGAGAUCUCGAAGCCAUAUCCGACUACCACCCCUACCGCCACCACGCCAGAUUCAUUCAGUUCAGACACGGAGAAGGAAGUGGCCUCGAGUGAUGACGACGAGAGUGAAUUAGACUCAAACGAGGACACUAGUGAAUUUUCCGUGGGCUUUUAUCGAGAGCUCCUCGAGUUAGAUACCCAAGUUGAGGAAAAGAUCGUAUCUGUGCGCUUGUUUCAUGACCAAAGGACGUUGUACGACAAUUUUCUCGCCUCGCCCACGAAUCAAAUGAGCAUGAACACGGGCGACUUUCGCGAUAUCGCUCACAUUCUCACUCAUUUAAGACAGAUCUGCAACCAUCCUCGGCUUUGCUCCACUCGCAGUAGACCGGGCAAUCGCAGUUUUCAAGAGCCUGAAUUGGCCCGCGAUCUCAAUGGAGCGAUGUCGUUCCCACGAAUCGGCGACCGAUAUUCUCACCAUCGCUUAGUGACCUCGGCCUUGGAUUUCGAUCCGUUCCGACACAUUGACUUGAAUUCUUACAAUCUUAUAUUUCUGACCCACGAGUCCUCUUUAACGGCCAUCUCAUCUGAUCGCAUACGCAAGUUCUGUGCCCCCAAAAAGCUCAUUGAGGAACUCCCCGAGAGAUGCCCCGAGCCCCCUCCAGCGUGUCCGAUAGGUCGCUUGAACCUCGAGAUUCAGCAGAACCCCCUCUCCACCGGAUCCGGUCCACGUAACCUGUCCCGAUCAUUUUCGCUCACCAGUACUCCCACUAAGGAUAGCACACCGUCGAUAGUGAAUGCCUCAGGCUCGACCAAGACAUCGCGUGCCUUUCACGCCGAGUCGCUAGGGAUCAUUGCGAGAUUCAACGAACGCCGAUGCAAAGGCAUGCCAUUGUAUGGUUCGGAUCUGAUCAGUGCCCUCACAAUCGUGGACUCGGUGCGUCCGAUUCGUUGUCACUCGGGCCAGAAAACGAGACGCGGCAUGGGCUACGUGAAUUGUUUGAACCCCAUUCAAGACACUCCAGUGAACAACGCCCAGCGUCGGCAUCGGAAAAGUGGAGGGACGAGUGAUGUCGAUUUCAAGUACAAAACCCAGACGUUAACUGACAUUUGUCGCUUCAUUCAGACCAGUUCCAAUAAUACUCAUCAUAACUUAGCUUCGUUGUCUUCAGAUUCAUAUACACCCCGUUUAUCUUCGUGCAUUCCAUUGGCAGCGUCCUCGUCUUCGUCGUCGUCGGUCACCAGGGUUGUCGUGUCCCUCGUGCCUUCGUACAGUUCCACCCUGACCAAGAUCGAGAAUCGAGUGCUUCCGGAGCUCGGUCAACUCGCCAGCAAGUAUUCGCUUCCUCUUAACAACAACAACACUACUACUACCAAUAAUAACAACCGCAACUACAACAACGUACCUUCAAACGCCUGUGCAUCCUCAUCGUACAGUUCACAAAGACGAUCUUGGGCUCGCCUCGAUCGACAGACCUCUGCCAAACUCGAUCGGACCGACCGUCUGUUGCAAGAGAUCCGGGCUCGUCGCGAGAAAGUGGUUUUGUUCUGCGAGAUGGAGGACAUGCUCCAUUUGCUUCGGGAUUACCUCAACUCCAUUCAGUUCCCGUUCGUGUUCUUGGACUCGAAGGCCAACAAGGCUACCCGACUGAGGCAGUUGUCCAGGUUUGCCAAGCGAGAUGAUCUUGUUUGCAUUCUGGCUAGUGCCAAGGCAAGUUCCAAUGGACUGGCCUCACUGCUCAAUAACAUCUCCAAUGUCAUCUUCUACGAUCCCUCACCCUGUUUUGCGCCUAAAGAGGCCAGUCGAUGGUGUCGAAUCUUGAGGCGAUCUUCUCGUAAGACCCUCACCGUUUACCGAUUAAUGUGCGAGGGCACCCUGGAAAAUAACCUGAUGAACAAGUCCCUCCAAGAAAGGCUUCUCAUUGAUUUGAGGAAAAAUCCGGAGAACGGCGUGAUCUGGAAGAUCAAGAAGCAAACUCUCGAUGACCUGUUCGCCAUCAAUGGUGACAAUGGAAUCUGUGGCGGAAGUGGCAAUAACACUCUUUGUCAGAUGGCUCCCCAUUAUAAGCUUUUCAAGCCAGACUACGAAGAGUAUGUACUGGAUGAGGAGAAUGCCAUCUCUGAGUUGAAUGCCAUGGACCAGGAGGACCACGAGAAUGACGCCGAUGGUUCCAAAGAGGCCAAUCUCGUGCCUCUAAAUUGGCUGUGGACAAACGGAGAAGACGAGGAUGGCAAUCCUUUGAUGAAACCUAUCAGCUCGAGAACCACCAAGAGCCAGCAGGCGUUAUCCAACGGUCUCGAUGCGGCCGAGGAGGAACUCACUCCCUUGCAAAAGUAUGGACAAAAGCAAUUGGACGAGUGGCCCCUUUCACCUCUGAACGUGCUCCGCAUCAAAGAGGAGCUAGAACUCGAAUCCGAAAAAUUUGCUUGGGAGCGCCAAUUCCAGAGCACAUUAUCCGACCUGGAACGGGAACUCCAAUACUUGGACCAACUCCCACCCUUGACCUACUCUUCCGAAGAUGCCUCCCGAUCUUGGCAUGGUCGAGACGGUCAACCGAUGCCGCUGUGGACGGCUCCAGCUCCCUCAUCAGUUAUGUCAGAACCCGAUUUGAUCGAGCAAUACCUCACGUUCUGGUAUAAGAGUGAUCUCAUGCCCGAGAGUGACCUUCCCCCUGUGCACAUCAAGAAGGAGCCCGUUAACAGCCUCAAGAGGACCGCGAGCGAGGCUGGUCUGGUGCCAAGUGUUCCCACUGGGAAUGGCAUUAGUGGUCCGUCCACACCUGUCGAUAUUCUAAGCUCGAGUAGUUAUGAGGUUAAGCCCAAAGUACGCAAGGAUGAUGGGGUUUUGUCGGCGCCGAGGUCGUUGUUCGAUCGGCCAGCCUCACUUCAAAACAAGAUACGAAGGGACAAGAUGCAGAGUACGUUCAAACGUCCCAUCCAAAGUGGUACGAAUCCACCCGCUUCCCUUGCGGGAUUGCGACAUCCCUUGCCUCGACCUCAAGUGGAAGCCGAGAAUGCUCCCGAAUGGCUCAUCCAAGAAGAUUGGGCCUUACUCUAUGGCGUACGCGAGGUCCUCGAUUUGCCUCUCAACCUGCAAACGCCCUCCCCGGCUCACACUCCGAAUUGGGAUAUGGUCUCAGACAUUGUGAACGGGGUCUCUAGAGUCUAUCGAGGUCCGAAGCAAUGUCGCCAGCGCUAUGAGAGCAUCAUCAUUCCGCGGGAGGAAGGCCGGAUUUCUUAUGACGUGGCUUCGACCACACCUCCUACUGUCACACCCACGCCGGGAAUAGUCACUCCUCCGCUCAAGCAGCCGAACAUUAAGAACAAGAAGACCAUCAAGGGUCAGUUGAAAGGUGUGGGCGCCUCAUCGCCGUUAAAAUCUGGCCGCGCCAUCAAGACCUCCCAACGCUACAAUCAGGAUAACAAUGUAACGUGGUCCAAUCUGUACUCGACGAGGUUUGAGCAAAUCAAGGCCGUGGCCAACAAACGGACACCCACCACGAAGCCGUUGAUAGUCACUUCUCUGCAAAAGAACUCGAAACACGCUGCAGUGUUAGCCGAAUCCGGGAUCUCUUAUGAAAGUCCACUGAACCCCAUUAGAGUGGCUGCCAAUCGGGCGGAUCGUAUACAAAAGGAUAAACAGCAAACCCAGGACCGAGCUUUGGCACAACAACGAGCUGCGGCGGCUCAAAGUGCGGCCAAUGCGGUGCAACAAGCUGUGGCCGCUCAGAGUACGGUGAACCGUGUUGCUGUGGCCUCGGUUCCUGCCGUAGCCAUCGCGCCUACUGUGCAAACAACACACAUGGUGAGUUCCACUCAAGUCCAGCAACAACAACAACAACAGCAACAACAGCAGCAACAGCAACAACAACAACAAAUUCAAUCCAUUCAAGCCCCAGCCCAAGCUGUUGUUGUCGGCAUCAGUCAGGCCAAUAUGCCCAAUAACGUUGUCGGGUCCAUUCCAUCCACUAUUAGUCGACUGCAGGCACAUCAACAGCUGGGCCAUCAACAACCGGUGAAUGUGGGAACGGUUCAGGAGAUUGCUGCUCGUGUGUCUCAACAGAACCCGGCAGUGAUCCCUUCUACCUCGAUGAUUGUGACCAGUCAGCAUUCAGCCGUGGUCUCGGUGGCUGGAUUAACAGCCGGUCAAAUCCAAAUGGGUCAGAAAACUGUCCACCAAGUGAUUGGAGGAGGGAAUAUCCAACGUGUGAUUCAAGGCCCCAACAACAAGCCUCUGCAGCAACAGCAGAUCAAUCUGAUCAACAAGCAAAAUGCCGAACGGAUAGCACGACAAGCUCAAGUUCAACAAGUCCAGCAGCAUCAUCAUCAUCAUCAUCAGCAGCAGAAUCGAUUGCCUGGGCUUCAGACAGGCACGCCCACAGUUCUAGGUGCCACCACCAGCACCGGUCAAAAGGUGUCGGUGGCUGUUACACCCGGUGGAAAUCUAACAACGGUUUCUUGUGCUUCAUUAGGUGGUAACCUGAAUGCUGUGACCGUGGUAACUCAAGCGGCUGGGAAAGGUGGUCACUUUAUACGUCAAGUCCAGGGUAAGGCCGGAAACAUCCAACUGAAUAGUGAUGACACGAAACUGUUUUAUGCCAAAAGCCAAGCCCGUGGGAACGGCAAGACGCACCAACUCACUUCCAUUCAGGUACCAGCUGGUCAAAGCAACAACAUCACCGCUCAACUGUUGUCCCAAGGGAUUCAGAUUCAUCCGUCAGCCACUGGAGGGGGCCCGCAAGUGGCCACCCUAGUGAAGACCUUGGCGGGAGGGAAUACGGUGGCCGUGUCUCAAGCUGGAGUUGGGGGUCAAGGCGGAGUGGGUGGGCAACCCAAUAGCAUAACGAUUCCCGUGGCCAAUAUGAAUCCGGCCAUUGUUAAAACCGCACUUCGGGGUGGCCAAGUGGCGAACCAGCAGCAAAUGCAGAUCAUCCAACGUCAGAUUUUUCCGCAAAGACCCACGGGUAAAAGUGGAGUAGGCCCUGGGGCGCUAGGUCCCCAACAGAAAGUGGUUUUGAGCCAAGUGGGUGGUGGGAAAGGCGUUCCGGCUCAGUUGAUUGUCUCAUCCGGUGGUGCGGGACAGAAAGCACAAAGUGUGACUGUGCAGCAGAUCCAACAGAUCAAGUCCCAACAAGCUGCCGGUCAACUUCAACAGAUCAACACCACGCAAGGCAUGAUUCCCCAAGCAGUCUUGGCCAAAGCCACAGCUGGACUGGCCAAUUCCCAAGGGGGUCAGCAAACCGUACAAGCCCGAGUGAUCCCUGUGUCCAACGCAGGUGGGCGUGGCCAGCAGAUCCAAGUGGUGGCCGGCACUCCUACCUCGUCUUCUCCCGCUGUUGUGGCGGCCCUAACCAACAUAUCGCGGCCUAUGGCCGUGAGCUCGGCCGGGGUUCGAACCGUAACCGCCGCUCCUAAUGUGACGAUUGAUGCCUCGGGUCUACCCAUGACCUCGUCACAGUUGGCCAAUGCUCUGGCCUCGGGUUCGAAUAUCCGGGUGGCAGUCACCUCGAAUCAACAACCUCAGCAAUUCAACUUCAACCACGCUACCUAUGGUGGUCAACCAGUGUCCGUGGCUGUUCGAGGCACGCCUACCAUUGUUUCUCAAGUGGGUCAGACUCAGAAACUGCAUGUGGUCACCACUUCGAGCAUGACUGGACAUCUCACGCAGAACGUGAUUGUGUCGUCGGCAGGCGGACAAAUCCAAGCCAAUUCACUCGCUCCCGCUUCUUCAGCCGCCAAUAACGCCAAGUAGUAGAGUUAAAUAAUUGAUCAAAAAUUUCAGCUUACCCCGAUCGUUAAUUCGUUGCCUGAUAUUGAAAUCGUUCUUCGAAUUAUUGGUAGAAAAAAAAAUCUGCUCUCCUCGGACUCUAUUGCCCUUUCCCCCAUUUUCUGACCUUUUAUUUGAACACAUUUCAAGUUCUGAGAAAGAGAGACAAAUAAGUAAAAAAAAAAAAGAAAUCGUCAUUAUUACUGUUUGCCAAUGUGUUUCAAAAAUAAACCAAAACCUCCCAAAAACAUACACCCAGUUUUGUACUACUACCCAAUUGUCAUGAGGGACCGGCAAAUAAAUUGCGACGAUCCUUUGCUA